GUUGUCUAUGGCUUAGUUUUAUUUUUGGUGUGGUGGUCGAUUUACCAAUUUUCGUUUUUAUAUAGCUGGUUAUAGGCGGGAAUUUGCUAUUUGUAAUAAAAUUGUAUUCAAAAAUGAGUGUUGAAGAAGAUGUUAUGAAAAUACAAAAGAAACUAAUCAAAAUGACAUCGGAUGAUGGCACAGGCCAAGAAGAAGCUUUGGAGCUUUUGAAAACAUUACAAACAAUGGCUAUAAACUUGGAUGUAUUAACCAAGACAAGGAUAGGUAUGACAGUCAAUGCUUUGCGUAAAUCAAGUAAGGAUGAGGAGGUGAUUUCCUUGUGUAAAACCCUUAUUAAAAACUGGAAGAAAUUUUUAUCAACCCCAACUACUCCAACAAAAGAUAAUGGAAGCUCGUCUAAAUCUAAAAAGGAUGGCAAAGACAAAGAAAAGAAAGAUGAUAAGGAAAAGGAUAAAAAAAUACAAGCAUCUUUUCCUCCUCAGUCUAAUACAACUGAUGCUGUGCGACUAAAGUGUCGUGAACUCCUCACCCAGGCAAUGAAAGUUGAUGGUGAGAAUCCAAGUGCUUGUGCUUCUCCAGAAGAACUUGCUGAAGAACUGGAGGAAUGUAUCUAUGCAGAGUUCAAAAAUACUGAUAUGAGAUACAAGAACAGAGUACGAUCUCGUGUUGCUAAUUUAAAAGAUCCAAAGAAUCCCACAUUAAGAACAAAUUAUCUCAAUGGUGUAAUUUCGGCAUCGCGUCUUGCUAAAAUGACACCAGAAGAGAUGGCCAGUGAUGAAAUGAAAAAGUUGAGAGAGAAAUUCAUCAAAGAGGCUAUUGACGAUGCUCAAUUAGCAACUGUGCAAGGAACUAAAACUGAGAUGCUUAAAUGUGGCAAAUGUAAAAAGAAGAAUUGCACCUACAACCAGCUCCAGACCAGGAGCUCUGAUGAACCUAUGACUACAUUUGUCCUUUGUAAUGAAUGUGGUAAUCGCUGGAAGUUCUGUUAAGACUGCUUAUACUAUUGCCUAGUUUAAAAAUAGUUUGUCUAUUAAUAUAACAGAUACUAUAAUUGUAUCAAGUAAAUGUACUACUAUACUUACUAUGAAUUGUGAAAUUUUGUUCUGCUGUUAAUUGCAAUGACCUUUCUACUGUCACAGGAUGCGGA